CGGUCCUGUCAGGAAACUCCUCUUCUGGAAAAUAAAAAAAUAAAAGUGGAUGGUGUCCCGUAAACCGAGCGGUUGUCUUGAUAUUAUCUGGCUAAAUCUCGACGACUUAAAAUUCAACCUGGACCGUUUAAAUGGACAAAUAAGGGGUACCAGUGCACGCCUAGAUACCACAGGAAUGGAUAUCACAAGUCGUUGCACCCUGGGUGACCCCAACAAGCUCCCAGAGGGAGUGCCUCAGCCUGCCCGGAUGCCCUACAUCUCGGACAAGCACCCUCGGCAGACCUUGGAAGUCAUCAACCUGCUCCGCAAGCAUCGAGAGCUGUGCGAUGUGGUUUUGGUGGUGGGAGCCAAGAAGAUUUAUGCACACCGUGUGAUCCUGUCCGCCUGCAGCCCCUAUUUCAGAGCCAUGUUCACGGGGGAACUGGCCGAGAGCCGGCAGACGGAAGUCGUCAUCCGGGAUAUUGAUGAACGAGCCAUGGAGCUGCUCAUCGACUUUGCCUACACCUCCCAGGUGACCGUGGAGGAGGGAAAUGUGCAGACUUUGCUGCCCGCUGCUUGUUUGUUGCAGCUGGCAGAGAUUCAGGAAGCCUGCUGUGAAUUCCUCAAGCGCCAACUUGACCCCUCAAACUGCUUAGGCAUCAGGGCCUUCGCCGACACUCACUCCUGUAGAGAGCUGCUCCGUAUUGCUGAUAAAUUCACUCAGCAUAACUUUCAGGAGGUGAUGGAGAGUGAAGAGUUCAUGCUGCUGCCAGCCAACCAGCUGAUAGACAUCAUCUCCAGUGAUGAGCUCAAUGUUCGGAGUGAGGAGCAGGUGUUUAAUGCUGUAAUGGCCUGGGUUAAAUACAGCAUUCAGGAGCGCCGGCCUCAGCUGCCACAGGUUCUGCAACAUGUGCGUCUUCCCCUCUUGAGCCCGAAGUUUCUGGUUGGGACAGUGGGUUCAGAUCCUCUGAUCAAGAGUGAUGAGGAGUGUAGGGACUUGGUCGAUGAAGCAAAGAACUACCUUCUGCUACCACAAGAGCGCCCCCUAAUGCAGGGGCCCAGAACCCGACCCAGAAAGCCUAUUCGUUGUGGAGAAGUACUGUUUGCUGUGGGAGGUUGGUGCAGUGGUGAUGCCAUCUCAAGCGUUGAGCGCUACGACCCCCAGACCAAUGAGUGGAGGAUGGUGGCGUCCAUGAGCAAACGGCGCUGUGGAGUUGGUGUCAGUGUUCUGGAUGAUCUGUUGUAUGCUGUUGGUGGACACGACGGCUCGUCUUAUCUAAAUAGUGUGGAAAGGUAUGACCCAAAGACUAACCAGUGGAGCAGUGAUGUCGCCCCUACUAGCACCUGCAGGACCAGUGUGGGUGUUGCUGUAUUAGGGGGUUACCUGUAUGCUGUGGGAGGUCAGGAUGGCGUUUCCUGUCUCAACAUUGUAGAAAGGUAUGAUCCGAAAGAGAAUAAGUGGACACGUGUUGCCUCAAUGAGUACCAGACGGUUGGGUGUGGCUGUUGCCGUAUUAGGAGGUUUUCUUUAUGCAGUGGGCGGCUCAGAUGGCACGUCCCCACUAAAUACAGUGGAGCGGUAUAACCCGCAAGAGAACCGCUGGCAUACGGUGGCACCCAUGGGGACCCGUCGGAAACACCUGGGCUGUGCUGUGUACCAGGACAUGAUCUACUCUGUGGGCGGCAGAGACGAUACCACAGAACUGAGCAGCGCUGAGCGAUACAACCCCAGAACCAAUCAGUGGUCCCCUGUGGUCGCCAUGACGUCCAGAAGAAGCGGGGUUGGUUUAGCAGUAGUAAAUGGCCAGUUGAUGGCAGUUGGAGGUUUUGAUGGUACCACGUACCUGAAAACUAUUGAAGUCUAUGACCCUGAUGCCAACACGUGGAGGCUCUAUGGUGGAAUGAACUACAGGAGGUUGGGAGGUGGUGUUGGUGUAAUAAAAAUGACUCACUGUGAAUCACAUAUAUGGUAACAACUACAGUAUCCAUCUCACAGAUGCCUCACCAUAGCUCGUUCCUCAUAAAGACAUUGUGCAUCAUGCAAGAGGAAAUCCUGGUUAAAAACUGAGUAAUGUCUCCAGUUACUGAGAUGGCAAACCAAAGGUAUACCAUCUCUGGCAGCUGCUCUGAGGAGACUCACCUGUACGGCCAUAGAGCAUCACUACAUUUUGUUUUUACAUUUGGUUUCUCUUUCAUACUUGAGCAUAGCCUAAGGCAACAAUUUGAAGAGAGAAGCAGCAGCCGGAAAAGCAUCAGUUUGUUUUUAUGGAUGGAACUAGGCUUCUGUCGGUCUGUUUGACUGCGUUGAAGAAUUACAGUAACCUGAAACACAUCACUGGGGACACAUCACAGUUUUUCUGAUUGAUGUUCUGGUCUGAAUUGUUCUGGCACUGUGAUUUCUUUUAGCUUUUUUUUUUAUGAGUUGUACACUGAGCAUCAUAUGUUCCUGCAUUCGUACCAGAUGUAAGCAGAUUAGUUGAUCUUUUGUUUAAAUCCUUGGUGUACUGAAAAAUCUAACGAAGGCUGUUGCAGAAGAAAAGAAGUUAUUUUUGAAGAAGUCAAAAACAGCUUUGAUGCAUAACCAAUUUGUUUACUUUUAUACAACUGAAUGCAUCAAUGAAUCAGUCCAUGCACUUUAAUCCACUAAGAUUUUUUUCUAUUGAAGUCUGUAUAUAUAUUUUUUUCCUUUAAAAUAUAGUUGGAUGUAUUGCAGGGUUCAUCAAAUCAAACCCUAGAGGGCCAGUCAUGCACAGUUUAGAUCAAACCAUGAUCGAACUCGCCUACCGGCAAUUUUCUAGUAACUCUGAAGAGCUUGUUCAGGUGUGUUUGAUUAGAAUUGGAACUCAACUCUGCAGAGCAGUUGCUCUCCAGGACUGGAUUUGAAGAACCCUGAUGUAUCGUUUUAUGCAAGUUUGAGGGCUAGGGUAAAAAAAAGUUUCUGAAAUUUCAGAACAAACAGGUUUCUAUUUUUAGCAGCCUGCACGUAUGGUCAGAAACGUGAUGUUAAACUUGUUACUGAAUAUGAGAUGAAUCUCUUUGAAAUGUUCAACUGCCCUUUGAUUUUUUUUUUAUGAACACUAAUUUUCCCCACAGGACAGUAUCGCGUUCUAUUUUGGUGUUGAAAAACGGUUACAUAAAGUAUAUCUUCCAUGAUCUUACCUUAUUUAAUUUUAAAGAUGUUCAACUGUCUAUACAUUUCAAAACUUUUAAAAAUAAAAUAAAACAGGAAAAAAUAUCUAAAUGCUUUUAGUCAAUUCUGAAAUUGUGUUGACAAGUGAUCAGUGGUUCUCAAAUAUUUUCUCUGGUACUUUUACUGUAAUGAUGACAAAGCUGCAUAUUUAAAAUAUUUUUAUUUCUGAAACUAGGAGUGACAAAUUAAUGUGAUUAAAAACACUAUUAAAACAUCAAUACAUGUUAAUCUGUUUACAGGUUAGACAUUAGUUAACUUAUUAACUUUAGGUUGAGAACUAAUGGUUUAGAUUUUUCAAAUCUAGAUUAGUAAAAAAAGUUAAUUUAAACCUCAUACAAAUUGGGGGUUUGUUUUUAAUAUAUAGUUGAAAUAAAAAAUCAACUUUAGAUCUGUGCUUUAUUGUAAGACAAAAGGUUACCCAAUUCUAAAACAUUGUUAUGCACAUCCUAGGUCAUUUUCUGAUGUAAAUGUUUAAAUGAAAGGAUGUGUCUUGAGUGCAGAUGAAUCAAAGUAAUAUCCAACAACAGAAACAAUUUCACAAUUUAAAAUCCAAAAUAACUUAAUCCCUCCAAGUUCCAACAAAAUCUGCUUGCAAGUUCUACCUACAUACUUUGGAAAUCAUUAUACAUUUCAACUGUUAGAUGCUGACAUUAUUGGCACUGAAAACAAAACUUAAUAGGAUAAUUUCAGAAGCCAUAAACCCUGUCAAACAAAAAUCAAGCCAGCCGCAACUCAUUACUAAGUGAUUUACAUACUUUUAAGGGUACAAAAUGUUUGCAUUUAAUAUCAACAUAUGUUACAAUAUACUAAUUACAGAUAUUAACAUAUUUGUGUGAACUAUUUAUAAGCACCUAUACAUAUAGUAGUGAUACAUUUACAAAGUUGACAAAUCAAAAGUAUUUGUGAUAAAUGAGUUGCAUCACAUUAAUAUUAGCCUUAUGGACUGAUAUACAUGUUAUUUAUCUUGAUAAACAGUCUUAGGAAAGAAAA